CAAGAUGGCGGCGACCUGGUAGCGGCAGCGCUCAUCCAUCCGAGCGGAAGACGCGGCGGCGGGAGCGCGUCGAAGCCCCGCCGCGCUGCCGCCGCGCUGCGCCGCUGGGUGAGCGGCGCCGCCGACGGCAGCGGACGACGUCGGCCCCCCUUCCCUCUCCGCCAGCCGGGAUCCCGGCCGCGCGUCCAGUGGGCGAGGUUCGCGCCGUCGUUCGCCUCGGACCACGCGACGGGGUCAUGUCGACUCCUUCAGAGGGGCCGCCUGAAAAGAAGCAGUCGGCAGCGCCCGAGGAUCAGCGGUCGGCGCCCGAAACGGGCCAGCAGCGACCGCCCGAUAAACAGCAGCCAGCACUUCAGACACAACAGGCACCGCCCGCAAAGCGGCAGACGCCGUCGGAUAUUCGGCAGCCGCCGUCUGCGAAGCGACAGGCGCCGCCUGGGAAGCCGCAGUCACCACCGGAAAUCAGAAAUCAGUUAGCGCCUGAAAAGCAGCAGUCAGUUUCCGGUGAGCAGCAAGCGUCGUCGUCUGGAAAGCCGCAGGCCCCGCCGGAAGAGGAACGCUCAGAGCUCCGGAAGGAGCAGACAUCGCCGCUGCCCAUGCAAGAACAGCGGCAGCCACAGCCUGCAGGGUCCGAACGCCUCCAUACGCCGCCGUCCUUCGCGGAGCUCGACGACGAGGUGUCGGAGUCGUCACCGCCGUACUUCACUGCUCCGUCCGAGAUCAGGUCGGGCGCCGAGACGGUCGAGGUGACCCCUCUGCGCACGCCGCCGCACAUAUCGCACGAUCAGCUGAUCUCGAUGGCCGAGGCGAACCGCAACUGGCCCGGGCCCACGCCGCUGCCCCACGGAAGUUACCGGCACCGGUGCCGCUACGAGUGCGUCCACUCGCACGGUCAAUACGGAGUGGUCUACGUCCGGCCCAAGAACUGGCAAGGGGACAGGACCAACUAUGUCAACCUUCCACACGUCAUUGCCAUGGUGGGUCUUCCUGCCAGGGGCAAGACAUACAUUGCCAAGAAGCUGACUCGAUACCUCAACUGGAUUGGCAUCCAGACAAGAGUGUUCAACGUUGGUGAAUAUCGGCGUCAAGCUACGGAGGCCUACAGGAGCCACGAUUUCUUCAGAGCAGAUAAUGCUGAAGCCAUGGCCAUCCGCAGCAAGUGCGCCUUGGAUGCUCUCGAGGACAUGUGCAAAUGGCUGGAGUCUGAAGGUGAAGUGGCAGUGUAUGAUGCGACCAACACAACCUACGAAAGACGCAAGCUCAUCUUCAACGUGGUCUGUGAGCGAUUUGGCUUCAAGCUGUUCUUCGUCGAAUCCUACUGUGACGACCCCAAGAUUAUUGAAGCCAACAUUCGGGAAGUGAAAGUCAACAGCCCAGACUACAAAGACAUGAACAAGGAUGAUGCCCUCCUAGAUUUUGUGCAUCGCAUUGAACACUACAAGGCUUGCUACCAGACCCUCGAUGAAGUCCAGGAAAAGCAGUACUCAUUCAUGAAGAUCUUUAACACAGGACAAAAGGUUGUCGUGCACCAACAUGAAGGGCACAUCCAAAGUAGGGUAGUCUAUUACCUUAUGAACAUCCACAUCAUGCCAAGAUCCAUCUACUUGACAAGGCACGGUGAAAGUGUCCUGAACCUGCAGGGAAGGAUUGGUGGGGAUGCUGAUCUCUCCGAACGGGGACGGGAGUAUGCACUUGCACUGGCAAAGUUCAUAAAGAAGCAGUCCAUUCCACGCCUCCGUGUCUGGACCAGCCAACUGAAGCGCACCAUCCAGACUGCAGCAGGCAUUGACGCUCCACAAGAGCGGUGGAAGGCGCUGAAUGAAAUUGAUGCUGGCAUAUGUGAGGAGAUGACAUACGAGGAAAUCCAGGAGAAGUUUCCUGAAGAGUUUGCUGCCAGAGAUCAGGACAAGUUUCAUUACCGGUACCCACGGGGCGAGUCCUAUGAAGACCUGGUGGCUAGGUUGGAGCCUGUCAUCAUGGAACUGGAGCGCCAGGAGAAUGUCCUUGUGGUUGCGCACCAAGCUGUCCUGCGUUGUCUGCUUGCCUAUUUCCUUGACAAGAACUCUGAGGAGCUUCCAUACCUGCGUGCUCCACUGCACAGCAUCAUCAAGCUUACACCCACGGCCUAUGGCUGUGAGAUGAAAAAGUUCAGCGUGCCCAUAGCUGCAGUGGACACACACCGCGCCAAGCCCAGCGUAAGUACCGACGGCACGUACACCGACACCACUGCAGUCGACAGCCUUGACCUGCAGGAAAUGCAGAUCACCGAAGAAGUGCUAGUGCAGCUUGACACCUUUGUGCAGGGCUGAAUAUCUACCAUAGCAACUGGUCUCAGCAGCGCAACUCGCAGUAGCUGGAGCAGUGCAAGCACUGCAGUGGAGCCCUUGAUGUACUACUGCUGUUAGUCUACCCUGGUUGGAUAUGAACUUCUUCAAUAGUUGAUUAGAGGUCUGAGGGCUAUCAUAGAGCAGCUGAAUCAGAAUGCUUGCUGUGUGGGCAUUAGUCUGCUGAAAGUGGGUGUUAGGCAAGUUCCUUGAGAAGGCUAAACUUGGAGUGCUCCACUUUAAAAUUUUUUUACCCUAAGGGUAGCUUUUGCCCAAUAAUUUUGUUCUAGCAGCAGAAGUGAUACAGCAACCUGGCCAAUUCCAUAAGAACCUAAACCAGAACCCUGUGUACUGUCUCUGCAUAUGUAAGAAAAUCUGCCACUUCAGGUUGAAGCAAAACAUGCAAGGUUGUAUAAUCAUGUUAAUAAGAUGUGAAACUGUAUCAUGUGAGAACAGGACAGCAAAGAGCAUCUUUCCUGUCCUGUGCUCACAUCAUACUGUUUUCCUAUCAUUAGAAGUUUGAACCAACUAGCUCAGCAAUGAGUCAUGAUAUGUGCACUUUUUUGUGCGGGCACAUAAGUGAGUCAAAAAAUUGCACAUUCACAGUGUUACAAUGAAAUGAUACUAGUAGACCAGAAGGCAGGAUCCUACAAAUGGUGUCACUUUAAUGCUGUGAGGUUCUUAGAAGAGCUGGUUCAACCAUACCCUGAAUGUGUGCCCUACUGUCCAAGCUUAAGCAAUGUUUCCUUUUUUUGUGUUCUUGGCUGCUAUGCUGAGUUGUCUCUGGUUUGGGCUGCAGGGGAUGUGAAUGAUAGCAGGAAGUUGAACUGUGAACUGAGCUGAUGCAGUGCUCGGGUUACUGCAGUUGAGCCGAGACCAAGGGGACUCUUGUCUGUGUUCUCUGACUUUAACAAGGCAAGGCCCACUUGUGGUCUUUUUUUCACUUGUUUUUCAUUUCUUUUGAUGCUCGGGCUCGUGUCUUGGUACUGUAUACAUCGCCCAGACCUUUGCUAUGAACCAUUGUUAAACACGGUAUCAUCAGUGUUCGCGGAGUGCUGUAGCAGUUGACAGUUUAGAGUGGCAGAAGCAUUUGUUCUUUGGGCAGCACAGUUUUUAGGCAGCAGUGACAUUCCCAGGACCUGAAGAAAAUGCUGAACCGCUGUCCAAGCUGGAACGAAUAAAUAAAUAAAUGGAUAAAUAAAUAAGUGAACUUUCUGAGAAUUGGGCUUUUCAUUGAGGUAACUUCUUUAUGAUUUUCUGAAAUGUGUCAGGGAUGAUCAUAGCGUUUAACAUGCAAAGUAGGUGGCAUUGUGUUUUACUGUAACAAUCAAUCAUUUGCUUUUUCUCCCAAAUUUAGUUGCCGCUGUAAACAUGACACCUUAAUGCCUUUGCAUGAAAAAAGCAUGAAAUUCCUUUAGGAGUUGCUUGUGCAUCAAAGUUCUAAGGUUUAGUGCAAGGCACCAAGACCCACACAUUUUCUGUGAACCAGUGUGAAAUGGUAUCAUCAGUGCUCACACAGUACUAGUUUCAUCUAGUUGAGGGGACCCUACAGCUGUCUUUGUGUGCAACAACAUUGUAUAAAUGGUGCAACAAUAUUAUUCUUUGUAAUGGAGGCUGGGACAUUUUUAUUCUGAAAAAUGGCUUAUGUCUUUAACCUGCAUGGUCUGUUUAUGAGCCUUCAUGGUCUGUUCUUAUUCUUAGGCUUCGGUUUCUUGUUCUGAGUGCUUUGGCAUCUAUUUUGUUCUAGGUAACCUUGUCAAAAGUAAACUUUGGGCCUUGCCUUGUUGCUUAGUACAGUGGAACCUCGCUCACGUUCUGAAAUAAAAAAAGAAAUGUGAGAAAAUUGAUAUCUAGAGAAACAUGACAUGUAUAAUACAAACGGCAUAUUUACAGUGUUAUGCACCAAUAACUUAGGUAAGCGUGUAAACCAUGAAAAUGCAAACAAGGUUCUACUAUAUUUGAGCAUGCAGGACUAGUAUAUCCCUCAUAUUUUAUGGUUGUCCUGUGUUUUUAUAGUUGUUAUGGCAGGUUACUUUUUACUGCUCAGUCUACUUUUUUAAGUGGCAAUUUUGUUGUACCUGACCUAAUAUAGCAUUUACAUGUAUGUCUAUGCAGUACCUAAGUUAGCCCUUAGUUGAAGAAAAGUCUUAGCUUUUGUUGCUUGCCUGACAUGUUUUUCACUUUAACGAGAAGUGGGUUUGUUCACAUAGUGCCACAUGCCUUGGUGCCUCUGUCAUCAUACAUAAUAGCCACACACUACAGGAUGAAGCAAAAAUGUAAUGCUUGUGUGAGAUUUAGCUUAGGGGCUCCAAGUUUAGUUGAGGAAUGAUCAUAUGUAGCUUACAGACAGUGAAAUCAUGCAAAUUAUGAAGGAAACACUUGUUUGCUUACUGUCUAGUAAUUUGUUGGGAAGAGAAAAGUUGUGAUUUUAUUGAUGCAAGGACAUAUUUAGCCCCUCCCGCACUGUCAAAAAUUACAAUAAUUGUACCAAAUUUUCUGAAAAUGUGGCUCAUCACUGCUGCAUGUUUCCAGUUCAAGCAGCCCAUAAUGCGUUAAGACUAUAUGCAAUGUCACUAACCUCGACAAGUGCCGACAUCUAGUGUUGAAAACGAAGUACAGACUGAUGGAUAUAUUCGUUGUCCAUUCGUGCUGAAUUUUUUGUCAUGACAACUACACUAGUCAUUGGUUAUAUUAUUUCUACAAAUUAAGGUGACUAUAUUCAUCAUUGGCUUAGAAAGUGUAGGUCAGCAUAAAUAUAAUGUUUGGCUAUAAUCACAGAGACACUUUAAUCAAACUAAGUAUGUGUCCUUUGUGAUUUUUUGAUGUCACUGUCUGUUGGUUUUAUAUGUUGUUUUAGUGAACAGCAUAUUUAUUGACCUUUUGAGCAUUGCAGCCUUGUUGGUGCAAUGCAUCGUGCUGUCAUCUGGGCAGUGGUUACGAAGACUUGCUAAGCACAUGAACAAGUUGGUGUAAUUAGUUUCACUGGGGGGGUGAAAGAUAUGGUAACAUAUCUGCUUCUUAUUCUGAGCCCUAAAGUACUUCCGUAUAGGUUAUGUGUUAAUAGAACUGUACAGAAGGUGUGCAAUGAAAAGUCUGGUGUCUUACACAAGGUUAUGCUUCUUGUUGGUGUUUGGCAGUUUUUGUUGACACUAGAGCAUUCACUCUACCCAUAAUACAAGUUUUAGCAUGUAGACUGUCCCUCUAUGGCAUGUGUACAUGACUGGCUGUAUUCUCUACAUUGCCAUAUUUUUUCAGCCAAGUGUAGGGUGAGCUGAGUACAAUUGUACCUGUGAACAUACUGUACUCAACUUUCAAGUGUUCACAUUGCCGUAUCUUUCAGUAGAUAAGCCGUGCCGCUUACAGAGCUACAAUCUUGAAAGCAUUUGCACUUUACCUGAUGUGCUAGCUAGCGGUGCAUGCGAAAGCCUAGCUUUCAAAAGACACCAUGGUAUGUGGAUGCCUAGAAUGUGCAACUUGGAUUGAGGUCCAAAAAGCACUGUAUCUUCUAGGUGCAUUGUAGCAAUUGCUGGCUCCCAACUUUUUUUUUUGUGUGAUUGGUUACUUCAGUUUCCUGUGUGUACUAGUCAGUGCAUGGAGGCUAUUUUGGAGUUUGGCAAGGUCGUAGCAUCCCUUAGAUUUCAGCUCCAUGUCAUUUCGGACGGCUUAUUUACAGGAAUAUACGGUAAGUAUCACGUUGUAGUACUCUAAUGCGGGCAUGCUCUUUUGUUGUUUACAUUUAGCACGUUUUUCUUUUCAAUGUUGUAUAUAUUCUUAACAGUACUAUAUUGUUUUAUACUAUUAUUUGUUCCAUUUAGUGUUUUAAUCAUGUUGGAAAUGCUCUUUCUUUUAUGGCAUAUUAUUCUGGCUUUCCUCACAGUAGCGCUAACCCAUGUCAUAAUUAUGCAGUGCUUUCCUUUGCACAUAUGGUGCAGUUUAAUGCAGUAUUUUAAGCUAUAGCACUUGUUCCUAUAUUCAGGUUUACUGAUUGCUCUGUCGUGAUAAAAAAACAGCUGAUAGAAGAAACAUAAAAAAAAUGAGAAAAGCUGCAUAACCGCUCAUUGCAUUGUUGAAAAUUGUUCUGAUGACCAGGUUUGUGCAAUUCAUUUGUGCUGAAGCAGCAUUGGUGCCUUUUAAUGGCAGUUCAGCGGCUCACCAUAUUUUGUGCCAUAAAAAUGCAUGCAAUAUAAUAAUGCAAAUGGUUUGUGUUUUCAUUUUUUGUGCAGUUGAGUGUGCAUUAAUGGCAAUAACACGAAAGAGGUAAUCACCAUUGUGUCAAUGCAUCUGUCAUUGACCACCGUUCACAUCUUUGGUGACCUUCUAUGAGUUGUACUAUACGUGGAUUUUCCUAUGUGUACUUUUCAGCAAACUUGGUGAUCGGCAUUAAUUACAUUUAUAAUGUGCAUCAUAUCAUGCAAAAUUAUCCAUAUAUAUUGUGCAAGAACAAACAUUUUCAAUAUCAUUUCAAAUCCGUCAUUGAGUCAUGGCUGAAAUAUCAACAUCAGAGCACAUCUGUUAUCAUGUCAUGCUUGUAGUUUGCAUGUCUCCAAAUCUGACUUCUGGCUGUAUUCUGUUCUUAGCUAUUCUUGCCCGUCUUGAAUGUAAAGCUUUCUGCAUGAAUAACCCCUGCAUCAACUUUGCCAUUUUGUUCUUACAAUGAUGGUACUAAAACACUAAAGAUGUGCUAAAAGUUCAAGCAUAUUUGGUAAAUCACACAAAAAUCUACCAAGGAAUGUUUCCACAAGAGGUAGGGUUAAGUAAAGAAGACAUGUAUUUUUUAAUCAGUGCAAGUAUCACUUAAAAUUAAAGCAAUGCCACAAUAUUAUGUAGGCAUGUCUAAGGUAGAUAUAUUUUCUGUGGGGACAUUUAAAUCUACAGCGAAUGAAUUUUUUAAUCUCUUGAAAAAUGCUUCUUUUUAAUGAUGGACUGUGUUCCUGAAGGUCUGCGGGAAGGCAUUUUAUUGUAAUAUAUGUAUUAACAGAGGGCUAUGGCAGAUCAGUGCUGUGAUUUUUCUCCCAAAAUAGCCACUUAAAGCAACAUAAGAAUUUUCUACAACGAACUAAGCAUUCUUGCAAAUGCACUGGGAAGUUGCUUAAAAAUUUUAUUCACUAUCUAUCGAAUGUCUACUGAAGGAGCAUUAUUUGUACUAAGGCAACAGUAAAAUCUGGUGGAUGAAAUGGCAAUGCUGAUCUCCAUAUAGUUUUUUUACAUGCGCCUGCUGCUUGCUUUAUAUUCAUUUAUUGCUUUUGUCUGCAUGUUGCUGGGAUGUGCCAAUGUAGGCCAACUCUAAUUAGCUUAUGUCAUAGCUGUGAUAGUUAUUCUUGCUAGAGCUCUUAAGCAACCAUUUAUUAGUGUGUGCAUCAGUGGCAAGCAUCAUAAGCUAGCCUUCUGUGAUCCCCUUAAGCAUGACAGUGACCUUUGUGAUAUGAAGAUUUUAUUACCUUGCUCAAUGUAGCUGCAUUGUAAACAUAUUUGCCAUUCCAAAUGAAUGGAUACGUACCCUAUCCAUUUGAUGUUACUUGUUCUGUAAGGAAGAAAGCAUGACACCGAACAGUGUACCUUUUUUGCCAUUGUCUGUGUACCUCUCAGUUUUAGUGCUGUGCAAUGUAGCUGAACUGAGUCUUCAAUCCAAUGUCACUAGUUGCGCCCGCAGUGCUGUGAUGCAAGUUAUUCAACAAAACUUCGUUAAUAAAAAGAAGAUUUUGUUCACUG